ACCGGUCCUGGCAGAGGGCCGCGGACUGGACCGUGGUCUAGGACCGUUCUCUCAACGUGCAACAUAUUGUGCAAUAAUUAUCAAUGAGACUGAACAGUGUGCAUCUAAAUUAGCAUUUGAAAUAAGAACUAUUUCAUUUAACG